CCAGAGAUCCUCAGGAUAUCUUUAGCCAAAGGAAAAGCUCCAUAGUCCCUCCCGCCCAGUCCAGGGGUUGAAAUAGUAUCAGAAAGCAAGCGCCUUGCUCUUUGGCCACACGCUCCAUCUCCCAGGAGCAAGAGGGAACUCCAAAAGUGUACGAGAGAAAGACAACCAUCUGCCAGAUUCCCGGACGAGUGCGUCCCCCCUCCUCCUGCCCCCCUCCGAGCUGAGACGGACUGGGACCGAGCCAGGCAUUUCCAGCCCCAGAGCAGCAAAGGGCCAAAGGCAGAGAGUUGCGAGGUGCAUCCUUCCCUCGCUGCCGGCCGUGCGGCUGUGCUACCCAAACUGGUGCGGAGAGCCCCAUGAAGCUAUCUGAGGAGCGGCGACUCGGGUGCAACCAGCUGCUUGGGAUUGAAGAAGACUCUCUUUUGGGAAGGAGGCAUUGACGACCAAAGGGACUGAUUGCUCUGCUUGUUCCUGCCCGAAAAGUCUUCUCCUGGGGAGGGAGAUUCCCAGGUCAUCCUGAUUUGCCAGAAUGAUGUUUCUCAAAUUCCUCUGGAUAGCUUUCUUCUGCUACCCGUGUCAGGGCUAUUUUGAUGGCCCUCUGUACCCCGAAAUGUCCAAUGGGACUCUCCACCACUACUUCGUUCCCGAUGGGGACUAUGAGGAGAAUGAUGACCCGGAGAAGUGCCAGCUGCUCUUCAGGGUGAGUGACCGCCGGCGCUGCUCGCAGGGGGAAGGAGGCCAGGACAGCAGCCUGCUGAGUCUCACCCUGCGAGAGGAGUUCACGGUGCUGGGUCGCCAGGUGGAGGAUGCGGGGCGGGUCCUAGAGGGCAUCAGCAAGAGCAUCUCCUAUGACCUGGACGGGGAAGAGAGCUAUGGCAAGUACCUGCGGCGGGAGUCCCACCAGAUCGGAGAUGCCUACUCCAACUCGGACAAGUCCCUCACUGAGUUGGAAAGCAAGUUCAAGCAGGGUCAGGAACAGGACAGCCGGCAGGAAAACAGGCUCAAUGAGGAUUUCCUGGGGAUGCUGGUCCACACUAGGUCCCUGCUGAAGGAAACACUAGACAUUUCUGCUGGGCUCAGAGACAAAUACGAGCUGCUGGCUCUUACCAUCAGGAGCCACGGGACCCGGCUAGGUCGGCUGAAGAACGACUACCUUAAAGUAUGAUUCAAAAGGCACAGAUGUGAGGGAUGAAGAACCAAACCAGUCUCCUGUUGUGGAAAGGACAGAGGAUGGGGCUGUUUUCUCUUAGACCUAGUCCUUUUUUGUGUGUCCAGAUUUGCACUUUGAGAAUUAAUCUGAGGUCAUCUUGAAAGUAAAUGAAAAGGUUGAGGGAUUGAGUGGUUCUAAUUUGGGUUUUCACUUUGUACAAUAUUUAUGUGAUUGUUAUGGUUUGAUCACCCAGAGAGAGCAGUUAGAAAGGCAUGGCUCCUGUCUUUCCUGGAAGGUUUGAUCAUCUGCAGAGGUAACCUGAUUCAAUCACGACUAAGAAGAUGCAUUUUAUAGGUAGACUGACUCAAGUUUCUCCUUCUGAAGUAGAUGUGGAAAUACCCCCCCAAGAGCAUGAUGUGUAACUCUGUUCCACGCUUCAUCUUCUAUCUGUGAUUAGGAAAGCUGAAGUGUCUGAUUUUCAGAUGAGGUCCCAGGUGUUGUUCUGCUUGCUUGCCAGCCCAUUGCAAGUUGCUUGGUGUUUUGUUUUUUCCUCUCCUUUUCUUUCUUAUUUAUUAACCAUGGUCUGUGAAUUGCUUUAGCUUUUUGUACAAGUAUUGUCAAAUCAUUCAUUGCAGGGAGAUUUGCAAAAUGGGUUUUGUCGUGGUGAGAGUGGCUGCACUUAGGAAGUCUAACCGAGUAGUGCCUACCCACUCCUAUGUAUACAUUAAUUUGUUAUGUCUCACCUUGCAUGUCUAGUACUUUUAUCAUCUGUCAACUACAAGGGAAUCAAUUUUUGAAAACACCCCUCACAGGCCUAUGAUUUAGGUUUUAGUGUAUUAUUGCUCAUAAGGGGAAGUGCUUCUAUAUUGCUUAUUAAAAACUUGUACUUCAAGGAGGUAAUUCUUAUCUUAAUAACUCCUUAGCUAAGUUUUAUUAUUCAGCCAAUAAAUAUGUUUCCAUAUAA